AUGCCUUUUAGGAUCUACAAGCAAAGAUGUGUGAACAAUCCUGCUGAAGUGAUGGCAAACCAUCGUGUGACUAGAGAGGUGAAGCCUGAUGGUUCUUUUGAUAAAACAGAUGCAUUAGAGCCCUCACAGCGGGGCGACUGGGUGACGUCUCGGCGACAUAGUCGUAGGGCAAAGCACCGACCAUCUCAGUUGCACGUGUCCAACAGGUUUUCCCCACUCAGUGAGCCACCCGCUGAGAAGCCUGUUAAUGUAAGUGCUCUGGUUAUAGGAGAUUCUCAGCUCCGACACGUGCAUAUUGCAACCCCCAUAGAGACACCAGCAACCAUAGUCACUUGUAUUCCGGGGGCCAGGGCGCCUGACAUCAGAGCAAACCUGAAAGUGCUGGCUAAUGCUAAUCGUAGAUUUUCGAAGAUUGUUAUCCAUGUCGGCACUAAUGAUGUUCGUUUACGGCAGUCUGAGGUUACUAAGUGUAAUGUUAAAGAGGUGUGUGAGUUAGCUAGGUCGAUGUCUGAGGCAGUAGUGUGCUCUGGCCCCUUACCGAUUCCACCCAGUGGCGAAACCUACAGCAGGUUGUUGUCGCUGAACCGCUGGAUGUCUAAAUGGUGCUCAGAAAACUGCAUUGAUUUUGUAGAUAACUGGUCCACCUUUGAGGGAAGGCCUGGUCUUUUGAAGCGGGAUGGUGUCCACCCCUCGUGGGAGGGUGCUGCUCGCAUUUCUUGCAGCAUAGGCGACAGGCUUUACCACCGCGUUAGUGUAGCGACAGAUAGUGGUAACUGA